CCCCUGUUUCUACCCCUGUUUCUACCCAAUUUCACAAGACAGAGAGGUUAGGGCGGGACUAAAACAUGCAUUGUGUUAAAGACUGAAUACAAGAAUUCCCUGCCCCCCGCUGCUUUAUCAUCUAAACAAAAAAACUAAACAAAAAAAGCAAACUUCUAAACUGUGUUCAGAGUGCAGCAGAUUCCCUGAGCCUGUGACAGACAGCCUCUUUAGAAUGUGAGUCCCACCACAGACUGGUCAAACCUGCUAAUCUGAUUAGUCCUGUCAGCAGAGCAGCUCGCUGUGAUGGGAGGACCGGGAGAGAUGUGGUGCUGCUGGGUCUCGUGCUCCGUCCUGCUUUCCCGUUCAGUCGCAGGUGUGCUUAGCCAGCAUGUGCAGAAUCAGAGCGUCCUGUCUCAAGGGGAAGGGACGGAUGGGGACAGUGCUCGCUAUGUGUCAGUGUCUGUAGACCAGCCCUUCAACCUGCUUUGAUGUGGAGGGCUGCUAGGUGCCCCAAACCCGAAGCCAUGCUGCAAGUAACAUUCAACGUACUGACGGAGAAACUUACCUUCACCCUGGCGACAUGCCCCACAGUCACGUGGACGGCAGUGCAAUCCACUGAAGACCUGACUCCGUACAGCGCAUGUGAGACGGAGAGGAGAGGAGGUGCCGUCGAGGAAUUGCAUGAGCCCGGCUCCACAGUCGAGGACAGCAGCCCAGAUCCAGCCAAGGAAACAGUCUGCCUGCACUCCAGUAGCAAUGGGACCAGCAUGACAUCCUUUCCACACGGCUGCUCCAACGGCAGCGCAGAGACUGCUGUGGCCACGGAGGACGUUAAACCGAGAACUCUGAAUGAGCUGAACUCUGAGAACGGCAUGGUGGACAGUGUCCACUGCAGCGAGCUGGAUGGACAGGAGGACAAGCUGAGCCCUUCCAAGAUCAUGCGCUUCUUCUCCACCCCUCGGAAAAGGAGCAGCUCCAGCGCUGAGAGGCCCCGUUCCGUGAUCAUGCCGGGCAGCUCUCCCACCUGGAACGCGCUGUCCUCCCUGAGGAAAAUGGGCUCUUUCAAGAAGCUCAAGUCUUCUGUCUUCCAAGGCAUUCAAGCCCGGGAAACCCCAGAGCUGGUGAAUGAGGAGGGCCUGGGAAACGGCCUCAGCAAGCGGGUGCCGAACAGGGUUUGCGUCCAGGGGCAGAACAACCGCUUCUCGCACUCCAGUGCCCUGCAGGACUUCAAGGGCUCAGGGGACGGGCUGACGUCAGACGGGUCGGACGUGGAGGAGCGGGACGACUCGUUCCAGAGGAACACGCAUCGCUCUCGGAGCAUUCGCCGGGCCUAUGGGGUGGGGCGCAUCAACCUGCUGGACAGCGGCAAAGGGGAGGACCGCUCGAACUGCCCCAGACCCCUCUCCCCAGUCAUACAGGAGCCACGGGGCUGCCCUCACUCCGAUAUGGACAGCGGCAAGGUUGUGUACCGACGGAGCAAAAGCAUCGACAACCUCAACUUCCUGAAGAAGAGCUCCUUCAAGAGGAAGUCCACCUCCAACCUGGCCGACCCCAAGCCGGCGAACGAGAGCCAGAGGAUCGGGAGGGCUGUCAGCACGUCUUCCAUGGACCCGGAUAAGAUCCCCGGUGUGGAGAGGAGGUCUAAGCGCUGGAAAAGCCCCAUCAGAGCCAAAGAUUUUGACCGGGUGCUCAAGCUGGUCAGCGGCGUGACGGACGCGGCCAGGAGGAAGGAAAGCCCCCCGCCUCCGAGUGAGCCGGCCAGCAGGGCCAGGCCCAACAGCAGGCUGCACGACGACUAUUCCAGGAGAGUUUCCAGCUCCUCUGAGAACGAACGACGACGCGGCCUUUCCCCAGCCAGGACUCCGCUGAAGCCUCCUGCUCGUGCAGAACCCCAUAUACUCUCAGACACUGUCGACGCACAGAGCCCUCCUCUGGUCCAGGAUGCUAAAAGCAACAAGGCUCCCUCCUGCCUGAGUCCAGACAUCACCAGCCCACUCAGCCCACUCAGCCCCUCCAGCACUAACAACGAGGUCUUCUAUUCAGACUGCGAACCAGAAAGUGCCUCUCAGUUUGUCUUUGAUUCCGAGCUGCCCAGUACCCCAGUGAGGCCCACGGCUCCUAAACCUCGGAGCCCUAGCACUGAAAAGCUGAAGGGCAACACCCCCUUUCACUGUCCCAACCGGCACAGCACGCUGUCUCUGAGCUCCAUGGACAGCGACGGCCGGAGCGAGGGCCAGGCUCCCAGAGCAGGGAAGAGCCCUGUGUGUUUCCAGGAAUUAGUCCAGACGGUUUAUUAUGACGAGGCCAACGAGGACAGCGGGAUCAGCAGCCACUCGCAGCAGAGCCUGAACGCUGCCCCAGAGGUGGAGGAGAAGAGAGAGGAGGUUUGCACGGAGGAGCAGUGGAGAGGGUCUCAGGCCCCCGAGGAAGAGAAACCGGACUCGCACAAGCUGGCCCCCCGAAGAGGGAGCGCAGGCAAAGGCAGGAGCCGGCAGCGGCCUCUGUCGGACUAUGGCCAGCUGGCCAACAGGAAGUUCUCCAUCCCGGAGCACAGUGUAGCGGUGGAGUCCCAAGACAUGGAGUGCACAGAGGGAGAGGAGCAAACUGCCCCGUCCCACCACCACCGGGCAACCACCGCCGGGGGCCAGCACAGGAGCAGAAAACACAGACCCACCUCCGUCAUCGGAGUCAGCUUCUACCCCAGCCCCGAGGCAGAGGAGAUCGAGGACCUCCUCCUCGCACAACCUCUCCCUCGGCCUCCGGUUCCUUCACACCAGGUGCCACCUUACAAAGCGGUCUCUGCCAGAUUCCGACCUUUCACCUUCUCCCAGAGCACUCCAAUUGGGCUGGAUCGAGUGGGCCGCAGGAGGCAAAUGAGAGCCUCGAACAUCGCUGCUGAUGGAGGCUCCGAGUCCUCGGCUCUAGUGGAUGACAAUGGGAGCGAGGAGGACUACAGCUUCGAAGAGCUCUGUCAGGCCAACCCCAGGUACCUGCAGCCAGGAGGGGAGCAGCUGGCUAUCAACGAGCUGAUCGGCGAUGGCAGCACAGUGUAUGCAGAGGCGCUGUGGGAUCACGUCACCAUGGACGAUCAGGAGCUAACGUUCAAAGCUGGAGAUGUCAUUCGGGUCCUCGAUGCCUCCAACAAGGACUGGUGGUGGGGGAUGAUAGAGGACACGGAGGCCUGGUUCCCUGCAAGCUUUGUCAGACUGCGUGUGAACCAGGAGGAUUGCGUGGCGGGAAGCGUGGAGAGCACCCAGGAUGAGGAACAGGACCCCUCCUCCAGCAAACCCCGGCACAAGAGCUCCGAGAACAAAGACCAGAUGAGGACCAACGUCAUCAAAGAGAUCAUGAACACGGAGAGGGUCUACAUCAAACACCUGAGGGACAUCUGCGAGGGCUAUAUCAGGCAGUGCAAGAAACACACUGGCAUGUUCACCGAAGCUCAGCUCGGCACCAUUUUCGGCAACAUCGAAGAAAUCUACAAAUUCCAAAGGAAGUUCCUGAAGGACCUCGAGAAGCAAUACAACAAAGAAGAAGCGCACCUGAGUGAGAUCGGCUCCUGCUUCCUCCAGCACCAGGAAGGCUUUGCCAUCUACUCGGAGUACUGUAACAAUCACCCCAGUGCCUGCGCCGAGCUCUCCAGGCUGAUGAAGCACAGCCGCUACCGGCACUUCUUUGAGGCAUGUCGCCUGCUUCAGCAGAUGAUCGACAUCGCCAUCGACGGCUUCCUGCUCACCCCCGUCCAGAAGAUCUGCAAAUACCCCCUGCAGCUGGCAGAGCUACUGAAAUACACCACUGCGGAGCACAGUGACUAUGAGAACAUCAUGGCAGCCUACGAGGCGAUGAAGAACGUCGCCUGCCUUAUUAACGAGAGGAAGAGGCGUCUGGAAAGCAUAGAUAAGAUUGCACACUGGCAGGUCUCCAUCGUGGGCUGGGAGGGUGAUGAUGUUUUGGGCCGAAGUUCUGAACUGAUCCAUUCCGGAGAGCUCAUCAGAACCUCGAAGCAAGGCAAGACACAGCAGAGGACCUUCUUUCUGUUUGACCACCAGCUGAUCUACUGCAAGAAAGACAUCCUGAGACGAGACAUGCUCUACUACAAGGGACGUGUGGACAUGGACCAGAUGGAGGCUGUGGACGCCGAAGACGGCAAGGACAAAGACUUCAACAUCAACGUGAAGAACGCCUUCAAGCUCCGGAGCAGGGCCACGGAGGAAGUGAGCCUGUUCUGCGCCAGGAAGCCAGAGGAGAAGCAGAGGUGGCUGCAGGCCUGUCGAGACGAGAGGAAGAGGGUUCAGGAGGAUGAGGAAAUGGGAAUGGAAAUAUCAGAGACCCGGAAGAAGCAAGCCAUUGUGAAUGCCAGACAGUCUAGACGAGGAAAGAUGAAAGGUAUGAGUUACAGUGGCUGCCCGGUGCCCCCCCCGCACCAGUCCCUGCACCCCCUCCACCAGCGCCACGUCACCGUGCCGACCAGCCUCCCCCAGCAGCAGGUCUUCUCCCUGGCCGAGCCCAAGCGCAAGCACGGUCCCUUCUGGCAGACCAUCACCAAGCUCACUCCUUUCAAGAAGUGAGGAGGAGGAGGAGUCGGGGACGGGACACCCACCUGGGGCGGGGCUCUUUCCACGUGACGGCAGGGUCCAGCAUCAGCCUGUGGGACUCCACCCCCGGCUCCCUCACAGAUGCGAAGGACAAAGCGUUCCGCUCAGAUAGCUGUUGAUUUGAAGCCAGGAGCAGAACUCCAAUAUAAAGCUUUAGAAAAGCAGUGGUUCUCGGAAGUAAACUUUCACUCGUGUACUAUUAAAGUUUGCUAAUGAUGAGGAAUGUAAAUAUAUAUGUAUAUAUGUAAUAUACAGAUGACUGUAUAUACGCUGUGCUGAGCAGAGCUGACACGUGUCUUAUAUUUACGACCGCCUUAUCUUCCUUUAAAGGCUGGCUCCUUUUUAGAGCUCUUUAAUAGAAUCCAGCCCGUUUCAUCCUGUCCCGAAGUUCAAACGAGAAGCACAGUUCAGAGGACUGCAAGCAUGUAUAGACGUUCCUGUAAGCACAGAUUCAUGAUGUUUUCACAGGAGACAUUCCCAUGUGGUACAAUGGGGCCAAACCUACCCCCCCCCAAUCACUCUCGCACACAUUAAUAUGUACAGGGGGUGUGAUGACAGGACGUGCUGGAAGGGGCAUUUGACUGAGGAUUCAGAAUUGAGUUCUGGACUGCAAAACAGCAUUUUAAUUUUACCCAUAAUGUUGUUGUUUUUUUUUUUGUAAUAACAAAGCCUUACUGUUUUUUUGUUUUUGUAAUCUGUAUUAAAUGCAGCAUUUCUUUUGAUGUAUAACUUGUGGCAUUUAUCUGAGCCUGGUGUAGUGAGGCGAAUGAAGAAAGCAUCCCGCUAGGCAGACUGACGACGGCCUGUACAAACCACUGUUGAACAGCAACCCUACUGACAAGCAGAUGGGAGGCCCAUCGCUCCUUCUUACUUUAACUCUUUUACUUUCUCCUCACAGUUUUGUGAAUAUAAAAAGGGACGUUUUAAAGCUUUAAAGGUUAAAACAAGUGCUUAUGUACCCUUUUCCAGAAAGCCUGCAGUCUCAGGUUGAGUAGCUGCUUACUCAGUGUCACUGUUGACGACCACAUCUUUGUGAUGCAGCUCUGUACUAUGAUCAGCAGAACUGGGCCUUCUCUAGUAGGUUUUUUUACUACCUCUGUGAAUAAUCUAGUUUAUGCAGCGUAUACUGUAUUCUCAAGAUGAAAUCUUUUUUUUUUUUUUUUUAAAGUCGGCAGAAUUAUUGUGCAUCGAUUGGAGUCGAAUACUCUCAAACAAAUGUCAGAACCACGUACCGAAUUGCCUUGGGUCUGUUGGUAGCUGCGUUUUAUAGUUGGAGCUGUUUUUAAAUAUUGUUUUUAAAUAUUAACUACACUGUAUGAGUCUGUAACAGUAUAGGGGACCUGUACUCUGUACUUUUAUCAGAUACAAACAUGGUAUAAUUUAUUUAUUUGAGCGUUUUGAAGACUGAAGUGAUUCCUCAGCAGUAGAUGAAGCCCCUGCUCAGGCUGAUGGUCUGGUGUAGCCUUGCCUUGCCUUUGCUGAUUAACUCAGGCUCUGCUCAGAAACACAGUGGCUGUGUUACAAAGUGCUUCACUGUGUGCUCCUGGCUCUUUUAAAAGGCUGUGCAUUGUUCUGUUUUCUUACAGUGCCUAGCCCUGCAUUGCAGAGGCCUCAUAGGGUUGAAAUGUCACUGCAGAUAUUAUUGCUCUGAUAUUGUUGUAGGAAAUGUAGCCUGUUGCUCAAGUUGAGGAUCUCAUCAUAACAAGAACAAGGUGCUAAUGAAGCCGCUGCAUUCUUUAUUUUUUUUGAGUAUUGUGAAUAUUUGAUUAAUAUUCCAUCUGCAGAACGGUGUGGUUAGCAUUUUAAUUGUUAUUGUUUUUAACAGUUGCUGGUCAUAUCCCCUGCUUGGAUUUUAAGGCCACCUCUUAUGGUUUUCUGUAUGGUUUAGUAAAUGCUGCUUCCUCAGUCCUGUUACAGAUGCUAGUUAAUGUGUUAAUAGUGUUAUAUGUAAUACCUCACUAUCUGCGCUAAACGAGACCCAAUCCCAUCUUCUAAAGCUACCCACAUUGAAGUGAACACGCUGUUAUAUUUGUAUUUGUUUUGUUCCUUGCCUGUGUGCUUGCGCAGUAUGCUGUGAGUUCAUUUUGAUCUGACAUGGAGUCAGUGCUGUGUGUUAAACUAUAGAGCUGGUUCAGCCAAAAUGGCAGACACAGGGAUGCAGCUUCUUGCAUGGCACAGUGACUCCUAGUGGUUUAAGAGAAUGCUUUGCAAGCUGUGCUGUGUAUGGCUAGUCAUGAACAAGUUUUGCAAGCCAAAGGGCAGUUGCCAUGGAAACUCCUUUACUGCCACGACCCUUCUAUUUAGCUUUGUCUGGCUUCCAGUUUAAAAGUACAUCUUGAAUAUUAUAUAGUAUAUCUAUACAUAUAUAAAAUUGUUGUGUAAAUAUUAUGAAUUUAUAUGUCGUUUUUUGAUAUAUUUUGUCAUGGCCGGAUUAUCUUUUUUUUGUGUGUGUGUGUUUUUGUGACAGACUGACGUACGUGCAGAUGCAUUUUUACAGUCUUGUAUGUGUUGCUAAGCAUGCACGAGUGGCUGAAAUGAUAAAGGAAGAGGCUUCAGGGCCCUGUGAGUGGACUGGCCACAGCUGAAGCAUGUGUUGGACAGUUAUUGUGACUCUGUGUCUAUUUGUGUAGACCAGCCUGUUUCCUGGCAACGGAAUCAAAAUAAUCUAUUUUGUUGAAAUAAAUACCAUCCUUAUUCAACUCAA